CUGCUUGGCUGCAUACGUGCGUGCAGGGGGUGUACGUGCGUGCGUGGGGGUGUACGUAUGUGCGUGGGUGCGUGCCUGUCUGCGCUGUGCGUAACGGGUGUCUAGGGCUGGACCAGCGCGGCAGGGUUAACUCCGGCGAGUCCCUGUCACCCGCCACCUGUCUCCCCGAGGAGGCCGUGGCGGCUUCGCACCAACACGGGCUCUCUGCUGACGUCGUCUCCUCGUAUGAGCGUGGGAGCUCCUCAUCCUUGCGCUGGUGGCCUCGCCGGGCUGCGGGGAGGCGGAGGACUGUGCUGCCCAGUGGCCAAAGGCUGCAGUUGGCCCCAGGCUCCCGCGAGACCGGCUGAGGCAAAAGAGAGCCAGCAACCGUCCCGCCGGGGCCUAUGUGCUCUGCCCUCUGCGCACACUACCUCCGGGCUGGGGUUGCCCAGGCUGUGGGGCUGGCGACCCCCUUUCCUGUCCCCUCCUCCCACCAACGUCUCACAUCCCUGCUCCUUCUAGGUGAAGACACUGAGACAAGUGGAAGACUGUUUUCUCCUAGGGCCACAGAGCAGCUGUCCCUGCCCUAACUCGGUGAGCUCCCCAAAGACUUCCUGGGAUGGUCCUGAGUCCUCUGAAUCCCAGCCCCUUCUAUUGGGCCUACCGUGGCACAGGACAUCAGUGACUGCGUGGUGACAAGAGCAGCGGACUAUGGAGGCCACACGGCGCACAGAGAGCUCACGGAAGAUGAAAUUUGGCUGCCUCUCCUUCCGGCAGCCUUAUGCAGGGUUUGUCUUAAAUGGAGUCAAGACCAUGGAGACACGCUGGCGUCCCUUGCUGAGCAGCCACCGGAACUGUACCGUUGCCAUCCACAUUGCUCACAGGGACUGGGAAGAUGACACCUGGCGGGAGCUGCUGGGGGAGAGGCUGGGGAUGACUCCUGCUCAGAUUCAGGCCUUGCUUCAGGAAGGGGAAAAGUUCGGUCGGGGAGUGGUAGCUGGGCUCAUUGACAUUGGGGAAACUUUGCAGUGCCCUGAAAACUUAACUCCUGAUGCAGUUGUGGAACUGGAAAAUCAAGCUGUGCUGACCAACCUGAAGCAAAAGUACCUGACUGCGAUUUCAAACCCCAGGUGGUUACUGGAGCCCAUGCCUAGGAAAGGAGGAAAGGAUAUCUUCCAGGUAGAUAUCCCAGAGCACCUGAUCCCUUUAGGGCAUGAGGUGUGAAGAGUGUGGGCUCCCAAGAGGAACAUUGCUGAGAAACCAGCUAAAUCAUGACACCAUCAUGGAGCAGGCCUGUGUACAUCAGGUUAAGUUUGAAUUGUCCCUGCACUGGAGAGCACCACUCUCUCCUUCACUGGAACAGAUGGAAUGGGGAUGGGGCUUUCCUUGUGUGAGACCCCUUGGGGGUCAUUGACAUGGUCUCAAGUACUUUGACCUUUGGGUAAAAGGAAAAGCUGCCAUGGAACGUCUCAGCGUUUCCGCUAACUUUGGGCCUACUGAUUUCUGGAUUGUACCAAUAAAUGUGUUGUGGAUAACCACUUA